CGCUCGCGCGAGGUUUGGGUUGCCGGUGAGCCGUCGCUCCGCCCUGGCUGCGGGUUGGCCCCAGCGUGGCGCGGCGUGGGUCCCGCGACCAUUGUAGAGUCCCGGGCUACCGCCGUCUCCGCUCCGCUUCCGCCGGCCCUCAUUGGUCCAGAUCCGGACAAAUCGCCCCACCCUCCGGCUGGCGAGGGCGCUGCUGGCGCCGCGCCGGUGCCCCGCCUUCCCGGCCGCGGAUUGGCCCGCGACGGGACCCGUCGGUCGCGCUGGUGUCUGGGAAGGAGAGAAAAUGGCGGCGGAACCAAGCAAGACCGAAAUCCAGACUCUCUUCAAGCGGCUUCGCGGAAUUCCGACCAACAAGGCCUGCUUCGACUGUGGCGCCAAGAAUCCGAGUUGGGCCAGCAUCACGUAUGGUGUUUUCUUGUGCAUUGACUGUUCUGGGGUGCACCGCUCCCUGGGCGUCCAUCUCAGCUUCAUCAGGUCCACAGAGUUGGAUUCCAAUUGGAACUGGUUCCAGCUGAGGUGUAUGCAGGUCGGCGGAAAUGCCAAUGCGACAGCUUUCUUCCGCCAACAUGGAUGUACAGCCAGUGAUGCCAACACCAAAUACAAUAGCCGAGCUGCCCAGAUGUACCGGGAAAAGAUCCGGCAGCUGGGGAGUGCAGCCCUGGCUAGGCAUGGCACUGAUCUUUGGAUAGACAAUAUGAGUAGUGCUCCCAGUCACUCCCCAGAGAAGAAGGACUCUGAUUUCUUCACGGAACACACUCAACCCCCUGCCUGGAAAGAACCAGCCCCCAACCCAGCAGAGACCCAGCAGCUAGCCCCUUCUACAGAGAUCAGUAGCCUGGCACAGCCGGAGCACGGCCCCAGCAUGGACCUGCUUUGCACCUCACCCAAAGCCUGUCUGGAACCGAGAACCUCCCUCAUUGGCAAGAAGAAGCCAGCAGCAGCUAAGAAAGGGCUGGGUGCCAAGAAAGGCCUGGGGGCCCAGAAGGUGAGCAGCCAGAGCUUCAGUGAGAUGGAGCGGCAGGCCCAGGUGGCAGAGAAGCUCCGUGAGCAGCAGGUGGCUGAUGCCAAGAAGCAGGCCGAGGAGUCCAUGGUUGCCUCUAUGCGCCUGGCCUACCAGGAGCUCCAGAUUGACCGUAAGAAGGAGGAAAAAAAGCUACAGAAUCUGGAAGGGAAGAAGCGAGAACAGGCAGAGAGGUUGGGCAUGGGCUUGGUGUCCCGCAGCUCUGUCUCUCACUCGGCGCUGUCUGAGAUGCAGGUGAUCGAGCAGGAAACCCCCGUGAGCGCAAAAUCCUCCCGAUCGCAGCUUGACCUGUUUGAUGACGUUGGUACUUUCGCCUCUGGACCCCCAAAGUACAAGGACAACCCCUUCUCCUUGGGGGAAAGUUUCAGUUCCCGCUGGGAUACGGAUGCCGCCUGGGGUAUGGACCGGAUGGAGGAGAAGGAGCCAGAAGUGACCAUCUCAAGCAUCCGGCCUAUUUCAGAAAGAGUCACAAACAGAAGAGAGGUGGAAAGCCGGAGCUCAGGCCUCGAGUCCAGUGAAGCACGCCAGAAAUUUGCAGGAGCCAAAGCCAUCUCAUCAGACAUGUUCUUUGGGCGGGAGGUGGAUGCUGAGCAUGAAGCCCGGUCUCGACUCCAGCAGCUCUCGGGUAGUAACGCCAUCAGCUCUUCCGACCUCUUCGGGGACGUGGAUGGAGCUCAUGGAGCAGGUAGCGUAUCGCUGGGCAACGUGCUCCCCACAGCUGACAUUGCCCAGUUUAAGCAGGGUGUCAAGUCUGUGGCUGGGAAGAUGGCGGUGCUGGCCAAUGGUGUGAUGAAUUCUUUGCAGGAUCGCUAUGGUUCCUACUGAUCCAGGCGCCACGGCUCAAGCGUCUGGUGGCAACAGCAGCAAAACCCCCAUGAUUCCAAGGCCAGGGGCGCUUGCCUUGUGGAAGCUGGGGAGGAAUUGUUACUUUUUAUGUGUUGUGUGUGAGUGGGGUGGCCUUUGAGGAUCUCGGGUGAGGGGGACGGGCGGUCCCAGCCUUGACCUCUGUCUGUAGACUGAGCCCUUUAUU